AUGAUGGGACAUGACAAUGAGACAAGUAUCAGAGAGUUCGUGCUUCUGGGUUUCUCCAGAGAGAGAGACACCAACGUGUACCUCUUUGUAGUAGUGCUCUUCAUGUACCUCAUCACCCUGGCAGGGAACACACUCAUCAUUGUGGCCACCCGCAUUGACCCACGACUCAACACACCCAUGUACUUCUUCCUGUGCAAUCUGUCUUUCCUGGACAUCUGCUACACAACGAGCGUGGUGCCACAGUUGCUGGUCCAUUCCCUGAGAAGUCACAAAAACAUCUCCUUCAUCCGUUGCAUGACUCAGCUUUACAUUGCUUUCUUCCUGGGAACUACUGAAUUUAUCCUAUUGGCAGUUAUGGCCUAUGACAGAUAUGUGGCAGUCUGUCGCCCUUUGCAUUACAAGAUCAUCAUGAGCAGGAAAGCAUGCAUCCAAUUGAUGAUGGUUUCCUGGAUCUCUGGCUUUAUCAAUGCUCUGGUUCAUACUUCGUUCACCAUAUGCCUUCACUACUGUAGCUAUAACAUCAUCAACCACUUUGGUUGUGAUGCCCUUGCAGUUAUCAAGUUGUCGUGUUCAGACACUUCUGUCAAUGAUAUUGCACUUAUGGUGUCAGGGGUCCUUGUGCUAUUCAUCCCUUGCAUUCUGGUAAUGCUCUCCUAUGUGUAUAUAAUCAGCUCCAUCCUGCGCAUCCGCUCUUCAGAAGGUCAGCAUCGUGCCUUCUCUACAUGCACUUCUCACCUGACAGUGGUCAUCCUCUGCUAUGGCACAGCAAUGGUUGCUUACAUGUCUCCUAAAACCAAUAACUCCUCCAGCCGGGACAAGAUACUUUCUUUCCUGUAUGCAGUGGUUACACCCAUGCUCAACCCUCUCAUAUACAGCUUAAGAAAUAAGGAGGUUAAAGGAGCCCUAACUAAAGUAGCACAAAGAAAAAAUAUCUUCUCGAAAAGGCAAUGA